AUGGAUGAAGCUCGGGAUAAAGUCUUCUGCUUGGUUACCUACACCGCUACAGCGUUUACCCUAAUUGCUAUCAUGGCUAUAGCUAUCACCAUACCGAUGGCAAAUAACUACAACACCUCUAUAAGAAACACCGUGGAACGCGAUUUGGACGACUGCCAAAAAUCCUUGGAAGAAAUCCGUCAGCUUGUGGUGCCAAUGGUUCAGACGGACUCCCCCUUGCGUUGGGUAGAUGGAGAAGCACUUGCACAUCGUAAUGUAACCAUCGAACUUAGGGAGAAGAGGCAGGCAGGAUGCGCUGGCUGCUGUCUUCCUGGCGAGCCCGGUACUCCUGGAAAACCAGGCAAACAUGGAAGACCUGGAAGACCCGGAGCUGAUGGAGCACCUGGAUUCCCUGGACGUCCACCACGG